AUGAAAAGUGGUGACUUUUCAAGACAUCACACCAGCGGCUCAAAUCUAGGCACGUACCUUAUCACCUCCAAGGCGCACAAAUCACAAAGCGUCAUGCCGGUUAUGCACAAAGCAUGGUCGCAUUGGUGCUUUACGCUUCCGAAGCCUUUCGUAUCGGCGCCGGGCUCAGCGGCACCCGUUUUGAAGGCGGACUCCGUAAAUUGCGAACACGCGGCGAUUCAGUUGACAGCCGCCGCGGCCGGUCAACGGGCGGGACAAAGCUUAUCGCCGGCCGCAUCUACGGCCUAUUAUGCGCCGUUUGACGCCGCUAACGGCCGACGGCGGAUCGUAAAGAUAACGCGCGACAAGUUGUACAAACGGUUUCAGUUCUUUAAGAUCGAUUCGACA